AUGCAUUUCACUCAUCUCCUUCUAUUGACUGUUCCCUUCGCGGCCGCAACGCCAGAUCCACUGCCUGAAAUCGACGAUCUCAUCGACGAUAUAACCAACAUUGCGGAAUCCGCAGCAAAUUGGGGCGGUAACUUUGCUACAAGCAUCUAUAACGAAGCUACAUCCCUCGUCGACGCUGUUCAAACGGGUGACACCUACAGUUCUAUGGUUUCGAACGUGAAUGAUAUUGCAAGUGCGUGGGAAACAGGUACUUCUGAGUCUGCAACGCAGACAGCAAUUUCAUUAGACUCUACUCCUACUCAUGAGGCGAAAACCUCUCCUGCUGAGGGAUUAAGGGCUCAUGGGGCGGCUGCAUGUCUGGGGUAUGGGUUUGUUGCAUUUUUAGGAGUCAUAGUUGCUUUGUGA